UCAUCACCUUCCGCACCGCCGACAGAACUUGUCUACAACACACGUGUGGUUGUUAUAAACUUUCACACAUGGCGGGCUCGUUUUCCCAGGAGCUCGAGGAUUUGUUGAAUCCUUUGCCUAAAUUUGCGGAUCCAGAGGACGACGCAGACGAGGCGACCAAGGCCAGAGUCAUCGAAAGGUUCAAUGAGGACGACGACGACGACGACGAAGAUGGGGUCGGCCUCAGUGCCCUACGGAAGCACAACACAUCCCUGCUCUCAGACACGGACAGGCGGUACAUGGGGAAAGCAGUCUCUCGUAAACAGCUGCUGAUGGACAUUGAGGGCUCUGGUGAGGAGGAGGAGGACGGCAGCAUAGAGGAGCUAGAAGAAGAUGAAGAAGAGGAUUCUACGGGAGAUGAAGAGGCAGAUGAUGAUGAUGAUGAUGAUGAUGAAGAUGAGGAGUUGGUGGACAGCGAUGCAGAGCCAGGUGCUAAACUGGCAUCUAAGACAAAGGGUUCUGACAUGACCUUUCCUCAGGGAGUGGACUUCCACGAGCUGACAGAGGGCAUGGAUGACCUGGGUGUGAGUGAGGAUGAUGAUAGUGACGAGGAGACUGAAGGCAGCGAUGAAGAUGAAGGCUCUGGUGACGAUGAGAUGGAAGGCAGUGAGGAAGAUGAGGAAGAUGGCGAAGAUGAGGGAACCGUCCGGACAUUUUCAAAAGAGAAAAUAGACGAGCAGGUUGAGAAAGGGAAAGCUGUAAAGAACCAGCUGGCCCUGUGGGACCAACUGCUUGAGGGACGAAUCAAAAUCCAGAAAGCUCUGGUGACGGCCAACCAGCUUCCGCAGCCACAGACUUUCCCAGAGUUCAAGAGGAAGGGUGGAGCUGAGCUUGCGGGGGCACUGAAGAACACCCACAAAGCUUUAAAGGCUCUUCAAAGGUCCCUGCUGGAGCUGCACGAUCAGCUGCUGUACCAGAACGCAGACACGAGGACCAUCGCUCUGGGGAAGACAGGAGCUCAGAGUGAAGACGAGGAGAUAAACAGUGAUGAGAAUGAGGAAGAUGAGGCGUCGGUGCAGGAGGGUGGAGCGCCUAAACGAAAACUGGAGAUGGCAGAGUACCCAGACUUCAUGGCCAAACGCUUUGCUGCUUUCCAGCCCUACCGCGACACCACUCUGCAGAAGUGGCACGACAAAACUAGACUGACCAUGGGUAAGAGCAGCAAAGGUUUCGGGGCCUUUGACAGGAACAUAUUGACUCAGGUGGAACAGGUGCUGAUGGACAAAGAGAGGCUAGUGAGGCGCACCCACACUCGACGCUCAGAAUACAGAGUCCUGGGGAAGAAAGAGGCCUCUGCUCUCACCUCUGAGACUGUCCCCCAAGAGGACGAGGAGGCGGAGCAACAGCUGAAAGCAAACACACAUCUCAAAGAUGUGGAUGAGGACAUAUUUGAUGAUGACGAUUUCUACCACCAGCUACUGAGAGAGCUCAUUGAGCGCAAGACGAGUGCAGCAGAUCCCAAUGACCAGGUGGCUACGGGCAGGCAGUGGCUGGCCAUCCAGAAAUUGCGCAGCAAGAUCAAGAAGAAGGUGGAUACCAAAGCUAGCAAAGGGCGUAAAGUCAGAUUCCACAUCCACAGCAAGCUGGCCAAUUUUAUGGCUCCCAUUGACCACAGCUCGAUGGGCGACGAGGCGCGCAGUGAACUGUAUCGUGGCCUCUUUGGUCAGAACUCCUCAUUCAGGGAGUGACGUUAAAGGGGUUCUCAUGUGGAGCAGGUGUUAUAUGGUGGGAUAUAAACAGCAGUGCCUUCUAUACACACACCCAGGGAUGAUGCCAAGCAGCAGUUUGGAUCAGAACAGAGACUGGGCUUCUCUUCGUCAGGAGAGGUUCUUCAGACCAGUGCUCUGACCUAACAGGAAUAAAAAUGGACUCAUACAGUUCUUAAUUAAUACCUUUAUACUGAGGAACAUUUUCACAAUAAUGUUGUUGUUGCCUAAUGACCAGUUUGUGAUUAAAAAAAAAUGUAAUAUGUACGUAAUGCAUAGAGUGUUAAGUGACCUAGAAAGAAAUCAAUAAAUGUGUAAUUUUUUCUUGUCA